GUAUUUUUGCGGUCCUUGUCCUUUACUAGUUAGCUUCUCAUUGUAGUUCGUCGCCGGGGUUUAACGCACGGAGAUUAUAUCUGUGAAGUUUAAAAAUGUUGGGAUCAAUAAAAAUCUUUUUAUUAUUAGGAGUUAUUUAUUUAUGUAAAGCAAGCGAAGAAGAUGUUUUAGAGCUUACAGAUUCCGAUUUUGAAAGUGCGAUCGGUCAACAUGAAACCGCUUUGGUCAUGUUUUACGCACCUUGGUGUGGACAUUGUAAAAGAUUGAAACCGGAAUAUGCGGUUGCGGCCGGCAUUCUCAAGGAUGAUGAUCCGCCGGUAGCGUUGGCCAAAGUAGACUGCACGGAAGCUGGAAAGAGCACUUGUGAAAAGUUCUCCGUCUCAGGAUAUCCAACCCUUAAAAUCUUCAGGAAAGGGGAGCUGUCACAGGAGUACAAUGGUCCCAGGGAAUCUAACGGGAUUGUGAAGUACAUGAGAGCUCAAGUCGGACCAAGUUCCAAGGAAUUACUCAAUGUUGAGAGCUUCGAGAACAUGAUAUCCAAGGAUGAGGUGGUUGUUAUUGGUUUCUUUGAAAAGGAGGAUGACCUCAAGGGAGAAUUCUUGAAAACCGCUGACAAAAUGAGAGAAGAAGUUUCCUUUGCUCACUCGUCUGCUAAGGAUGUCCUCGAAAAAUCUGGAUACAAGAACAAUGUAGUCCUGUACCGUCCCAAGCGUUUACAAAACAAGUUUGAAGACUCAUUUGUUGUGUACAAGAGUGGCGUCUCGCUUAAAGGCUUCAUCAAAGAAAACUACCAUGGUCUGGUUGGUAUCCGUCAGAAGGACAAUAUGAAUGACUUCAGCAAUCCCCUUGUGGUUGCCUACUAUGAUGUGGACUAUGUCAAGAACCCCAAGGGUACCAACUACUGGAGGAACCGCGUGCUCAAAGUGGCCAAAGAGAUGAAGGACGUUAACUUCGCGGUCAGUGACAAGGAUGACUUCACCCACGAGCUGAACGACUUCGGCAUCGACUUCGCCAAAGGCGACAAACCCGUGGUAGGAGGCAAGGAUGCUGAUGGGAACAAGUUCGUUAUGUCUUCCGAAUUCAGCAUUGAAAACCUUUUGGCCUUCGCCAAGGAUCUCUUGGACGGUAAAUUGGAGCCGUUCAUCAAGUCCGAGCCAGUCCCUGAGAAUAACGAUGGACCGGUCAAGGUAGCUGUUGGCAAGAACUUCAAGGAGUUAGUCACAGACAGCGGAAGGGACGCUCUAGUCGAAUUCUACGCCCCCUGGUGCGGCCAUUGCCAAAAACUGGCACCUGUUUGGGAAGAACUUGGUGAAAAGCUCAAAGACGAAGAGGUUGAUAUAGUGAAGAUCGACGCUACAGCCAACGACUGGCCCAAGUCGCUGUACGACGUCUCCGGUUUCCCGACCAUCUUCUGGAAACCGAAGGAUAACAGCAAGAAGCCUGUCAGAUAUAACGGUGGGCGAGCCCUCGAGGACUUCGUGAAGUACGUGUCCGACAAUGCUUCCAACGAGCUGAAAGGCUUCGACAGGAAAGGGAACGCCAAGAAAGACGAGUUGUAGACUUAUUAGAUCAAACUUUCCAGAUCUGUGUGUGAGUGGGCGAAUGUGUAGUGUGCAACCGAUAUUCACUUAUCUUACUAUAUAGUUGGGAACACGUACCACAAGUUUGGAUCUUCAAACUACAUACGCAGCGUUUUCAGUUCUUAGCCUACUUCAUACUUCAACUUGCACGAGUCCAUCAUAUGCGAAAAUGAUUACUGAAAACUGAAAACGCCCAAUAUGUACUGGGACAAUGCAAACUUUGGUGAGAGUACUAGAGGACAUAUCCACAAAGCUCUUAUGCAUAAUAAGAACUACUACUUUGUAUAGAGAAUGGUGUAACUUUGUUUGAGGUUUUGUCGAUGAAUGUGGGAAGGGUGAAUGAAAAAGGAUUUAUAUGUGAGACAACUAGUAUACCUUCAUAGAUAAAACCCUCACAGUGAUCGAAAUACAGUAACAUUAAUGCAUUUCUUAUCUGUCAGUGAAAUAAAUAUAAUUAAGAAAUAUUUAUACAA